UCUGCACGGCUACCGUUGUCAAGUGGUUCUAGCACAAAUGCUGUUGCCAACCCAAAUCUAAAUGGCCAAAGUUAUCCAGGUGCUGCGAGACGCUAUCCAUCUUCCCAUACAAUUUCGAGAUCACCGCAAUCAGUACCGCCUUUUGAUUCGAAUGUACUACAGCCUGCGUGGCUACCAUUGACAAGUGAUUCUAGCACGAAUGUUGUUGCCAACCCAAAUCUAAAUGGCCAAAGUUAUCCAGGUGCUGCGAGACGCUAUCCAUCUUCCCAUACAAUUUCGAGAUCACCGCAAUCAGUACCGCCUUUUGAUUCGAAUGUACUACAGCCUGCGUGGCUACCAUUGACAAGUGAUUCUAGCACGAAUGUUGUUGCCAACCCAAAUCUAAAUGGCCAAAGUUAUCCAGGUGCUGCGAGACGCUAUCCAUCUUCCCAUACAAUUUCGAGAUCACCGCAAUCAGUACCGCCUUUUGAUUCGAAUGUACUACAGCCUGCGUGGCUACCAUUGACAAGUGAUUCUAGCACGAAUGUUGUUGCCAACCCAAAUCUAAAUGGCCAAAGUUAUCCAGGUGCUGCGAGACGCUAUCCAUCUUCCCAUACAAUUUCGAGAUCACCGCAAUCAGUACCGCCUUUUGAUUCGAAUGUACUACAGCCUGCGUGGCUACCAUUGACAAGUGAUUCUAGCACCAAUGUUGUUGCCAACCCAAAUCUAAAUGGCCAAAGUUAUCCAGGUGCUGCGAGACGCUAUCCAUCUUCCCAUACAAUUUCGAGACCACCGCAAUCAGUACCGCCUUUCGAUUCAUAUGUACUGCAGCCUGCGUGGCUACCAUUGACAAGUGAUUCUCGUACCAAUGUUGUUGCCAACCCAAAUCUGAAUGGCCAAAGUUGUCCAGAUGCUGCCAGACGCUACCCAUAUUCCCAUACAAACUCAAGACAACCGCAAUCGAAUUUACCUGUACAUAUUCCUGUACAAAUUCUUCACCUGCUGUUAUAUCUUUAA